AUGAGCAUCAGUGGAAAGCUCGUCCUGCUCACUUCUCUCGCCGUUUUUACUUUGGUGAGUGUUUUUUUGGUAUAAUUACGAGCUUAGGUGAACAAAGGGCCUAACAAAUAGGCUACCUGUCUCAGGUUCGAUCCCAAAGUUGGUCGGAAUGGGCCGACAAGGACGGCGCAAGCUGUAGCGACGACUGCGGAGCUUGUGGCGAGAUCGAUCAGGAGAGGACUUGCGACGGCGGGGACGGAGAAUGCCCGUCAGUUUUCCUGAACUGUUCUGUAGAAAUUGUUAGUGGUCACUUUAAGGUUUUGACUUUUUAGUGGCCACUGUAGUCUUCGAAUUAGUGAUCACUUAAGUGACUAAAAUUCAGUGACCUCUUUAGGAGCCUAAGUAGUAAAACUAGACCACUAGAAAUUACUAUAGUGGCCACUAAGGCGCUGUUUAGUGGCUUCUAUAAAGUUUUCUCCCAACGGAGAGUGCCCGUCAGUUUUCCUGAACAGUUCAGUAGAAAUUUUUACUGGUCACUUUAAAGUUUUGAAGUUUUAGUGGCCACUUAAGUUUUCUUUUUGCAACUCUUUGAGCUUAAAACGAAUAACCGCAACGCAUUGAACCAUUCCCAUUGCGACCAAGAUAUCAAAUGCCGAAUAAAGAAUAAUUUCAACUACUUUCAAACCUUAAAGACUUUAAAGAAAUGGAAGCAGUCACAUUAAGGAAUACUUACAGAAAUUUAUCAAUAAAAAACCCGAAAAACUCAACUUUUCUUAAAAUUUCAGGGAAAAAUAGUUAGUUCUUUUCAGUAUUUCAUUUUCCUUGGACUGCGCAAAUUUGAGUGGCCACUUUAGGGUUUUGACUUUUCAGUGACCACUGUAGUCGUCGAAAUAGUGGUCAUUUAAGUGACUAAAACUUAGUGACCUCUUUAGGAGCCUAGUGGUAUAACUAGAUCACUAGAAAUUACUAUAGUGGCCAUUAAGGCGCUGUUUAGUGGCUUUUAUAGAGUUUUCCUCCCCCAGGUAGUCCUUGAGGAUUCCCUCAAGUGGUCACUUGAGCUUUCCCAGUAAUUUCUUCCAAACUCAAACCAGCAAACCUUCCGAUUCCAGAGGCGAUAGCGAACGUCAGGCGCCGUGCAACUUCGAAAUCUGCCUCUUCCCCCGCGAAAACUGCUGCGAUGGCUACAAAAAAACGAUUGAUGAGGAAAACAAGGAAUUCGUUUGUGAGCCCGAUGAAUGA